CAACGAAGUUAGAUAAACGUGCGCGCGUUUCGCGCAGUUAUUAUCAAUUCAUUGUUACGCGUUAUUACGCUAUUUUGCGCAAACUAAUGCCGAAAUGAGUAGAAAGUUUCGAGUCUCGGACGUCUCGUGGAAUAAAAAUAAUUCGCCCGAUCGAUUAAGAUACACGAACAAAUAUCUCGACAUAUAUCUUGCUUAGCUUCUCGACGCGCUCGUGCAAUAUCGCGAGCGUGGAUACGAAAUCGUUGAAAAAAAUCGUGCACGUCAAUCGAUGUACAUACAGGUUAUGUUAUGCUAAUCUGUAUAAAAAGUGCGCGGAGAAAGAACAUAUCCGUUUUUGCUGGCGCGACGCGGUGACAGGUUGUCAUCCGUCAUCUGUCAAACGCUCGCGGCGUCGUCUAAAAUUAAUCGACUUCCCCUGGGAAUAAAACGACAGGAUCACGAAUUCAAGGAUUUUUCCGCGUGCUCCGGGAGCUGCUCUCGCGUGCACCUCGGCCGCCAUUUUGCUUCCCCCGCACGCCCGUCUUGACAUGUCUUUCUAAUGUUAUUAUCGACGAAUGUUGAAAUUCGCGGGUGAAACCGUUUCGUGCUUCGUCGUCCGGGGAAAGCGAAUUGAUCUCGAGGAAGAAAGCGGGUAUCACGCCGCGUGCCUGAUCAACGAAACCUUCUUGUCGGGGAACACGAUUUCCCGUCUUCGUCGUCGUCCCCAACCUCAGUUCACCACGGAAACACGGAACUGUACGCACGGAAGUGCAGCUCACACGAUAGGAAUCGCGAGCGACUCGAGGAGACGAAUAUGCUGGGAGACUCAUGCAAGGAACACGUCUGUCAACGUCCUUGAAGUGGUCUCUCCCGAUUGUAUCCUGCGCACAGUGCGUGUGUCUGGUUGUUGUCGAUGUAACGGGCUAACCUAACCAAGAAAAAAAAAGGAACCCUAGUCUUAUAUGUCAACAGCGGACGAAUCUCUCGCUCGAUGAUAUGGAUCCGAGAUCGUUGACUGGCAGAGAUCCGGCAGUGUUCAUCAUCCUGACGCCUGGCCGAUAUGCGACGCAGUUGCCCGAGCAUGCUUAGAGCAUGUUGGAUGUAGACCACUACUACUAUGCGAGGUGGAACAGAUCUGGACAGUAGCAGCAAUCAAUGAAGGUCCCUAUUUCCGAAAACUCAAACAUGGACAAUAAAUUGAAGUUUUCGGACCGCUUGAAGGCUUUGCUGAAAACUGAGGCUCAUCAAGAUGUUGAUCCAUACAUUUUCAGUGAACCAGAGCCAUUUGCCGCGGGAAGGAAUGUCGGCACGGUGGUUCCGGCUACAAAUUCCGAAGUAAUGCAAAGUUAUAAAAACAACAAGUCGAAAGGGAAGUGCGUGAAGCAGAGAAUAAGGAUAGCGCCUGUACCAAACACAGGCUACAAGACCGUUGGAGUUAAUGCUACGACGGAAACAAACAUUGAAGAUGGCAUCGAGGAUAAUUUGCAGAAAUAUUCGAAUUUAGUUCAACAUAAACAGCGACAUAUUGAAAAUUUGCAGAGAUUAAAAUCCAGAAGGCAAAGUCGGGACCAUACUCUGUUGUACUAUCCUAGAGCUGGAGAUGAGAUAUUUGACAGCGAUUCGAGCGGCGAUGAGAUGACAAUCUAUCAGCGUCAUUGGUUCGCCGGGGAAUCGUCUGAUGCAACGCUAAAUCGUGCAGCCCGAUUGACUCAGCUACGUUCGCAAUUACAACGGCAAUUACUUCAAUUGCGUAUCAAUGGAACUGAUGCUGAAACUAUUCUACGGCACAGGGUUCGAUGUUUAUUGGAGGCUGCUUCCAAGGAUCCUGCGUCUACUGCGAGAGCCUUGAACGAUUCUCCAAGUAAAAGCAAGGUGCUCGAUGGACCGCUCUUAGUUGGUGGACCAUGUGGAGCGGAAGGAUGUCAACAGACAUCCUUACCUUGUACUCGGCAUUGUUCCCGCCAUAUUAUGUUAAACGGAGAUCAGCUUUUAUUUGAGCAUUGCACUGCCAAGUUUAGUGACAACACACAGUGUUGUGUCCCUGUGUUUGAUGUCGCGCACGAAUUACCUCUUUGUCCGGAACAUGCAAGAAAGAGAGACAAUUAUCACCGUAAAAUCCAAGAGUCCAAACCAAAGAAAGCUCGUAAAAAACCAGCUUCCCCUACUAUCCCAGCAAGGCCUAAACCUAAAUCUAAGCCGAAGAAACGCAAACGGCCACCUUCGAACAAACUAGAGACUAAGGGAGCCGCAAUGAUGCCGCACGAGGAGAGUCAUUAUAUGAGCCAAAUAAACUGUAGUGAAAAUCAUACCAAGACAUUAAACAACUUGAAUGUUCCACAAGCAAGUUCAAAUUCGUCUAACUUAAAUCUAGGAUUGGGAUUAGGCUCUCUUGGGGGACUAAGUGGAGGCCUCAAAGUCGAGCUUGGAGAUAACGAAGUAUUCGCUUCUUUGGAUUCUGCUGAGCAUGACUUUGGCACUGUGCUCAAUAACUUGCCCCCAGAUGCUUUUAAUGACUUAUUUAUCGAGGGUAGGAACGGAGAUUAUGAACCAUCUAGAGAAGAAGAGGAGGAAUUACAACGGGCUUUGGAAGAGGUUGAUAAAGAUGUACGAAAUUUGGAAAGAAUGGGACAAACUCAUGGACUUCUAGAGCCAGCUUUGCUCGCUCAGCUUAUGUCGGAUAUUGCCUCGUAGCCCCACUAAUUCUAAUAUAAUAAUUUUUGGAAAUGAGUUUGCGUGUGUUCCUUGUAACGUAGAAAAGAAGUACUGUUUGUGUCUGUGCCGCUAAACGUAAGAUUGCGUUAUAGACUGUUAUUACGUAGCCACGCAAGUCCGAGAUAAUGGCAGGGAUUGACAUACAGAAAGUAACAAAAAAAAAGGAUAAAAAAACAAUAGCAAACUUAUGAAUUUAGUAUAAACAGCAUAUUGGGUACAAUAUACCACGGGUAGAUUUAUGUCGAACGAGUAGCAAUGUAAAAACCAAGAAUUCCAUCCUUUUUGACAAAUAAUCGCGGACAUUUUGCGUCAUCUUCAUAACACAUGCAAUAUAUUUGUAGCUUAUUUGCAGAUAUUUUAACUUGCACUUUAAAAAUUUGCUUAGAAAAAUUGUUGUAGCUGUAAUUAUAAUACACGCAAUCAGUUUUGAAAAUGUAAAAUGUAUGAGAAGAAGGAAAGAAUAUAGACAUUGUCAUAUAAAUGAUUCAGGCUAGAUUCCAACACACAUGUGCUAAACAAGGAAGAUACAUAGUUUUCAUUUUUAUAUAUGGCUUAUUUUUACUAAAACAAAGAGCAAGAAUUAUCUAAAUUAUGUUACUAAUAGCUCCUUAUAUUUAUUGAACUACAUGUAAUGUCUAGCUAAUUACUGAUUACUCAAAUAAUAGGUACAAAGGUAUUUUUAUGACUGAUUUGUAAUGAUUUUAUCUGUUAUCGAUUAUACUAUGCCAAUUGUGAAAAAGAUAUUUUGGUUUACAAACUGCAUAUCUGUGGUCUACCACAGUAUUUAGCUAUCAAUUAAAUAAAGAAAAAUUGGACACACAAAUGAUGUAAUAAAUGAAGAAGAAAUAUUUGGUGUUCAUAUGUAUAACAUUGUAUAUACAUAUAUAUAUAUCAUUUCAUCAUUAGUGAAUAGUCUCGUAAUAGUGUUAUACAUUAAUUUACAGAAUGAAAAAUUAAAAUUUA